AUGGGCAAGGACGUCGUAAAAAAGAAGCCAGCAGCGAAGACGGUGAAGUCUUUGCAGACUAAGGCUUCAGUUUCGUCUGCUACCGCGCCUACGACCGAUAAGCCCUUCGACAUCGACACCUUCAUCAAGCAUCUAGGAGGCCUCGGCCCAGGCGAAGCAGAUUUUUCCUGGGGUAGUGGCUUCGACGGCAUCAAUGCAGUUGGUCAUGUCAUCCAGACUUUGCUGCCAAGCGCUCAGCACAUAUUUGGACGUCGACUCGACGAGUUCCGACAGCGGUUCGCGAAGAGCCCCCUGGACCCCAAGGCGGUGUCAGAGUCUACAUUCCAAGCCGCUGUACGUGCUUUGAAGAAGCACAAACCGGUUUUCUUCCUGCUCGAAAACGUUGUCGGCUGCAGGAAGAAGGCGAAAGGCGAAACUUCGUCGCCACUGGACCAUUACUUGCGCGUCUUGAAAGGUAUGGAUGGCGGUUACGACGUCCAGGCCAUCAACAUCACAGGCCGGCCUCUGGCAGAGAAGCGAGAAAGGGUUUUCAUACUGGGCAGUCGAUGCCCGGACUUGACAGCAUCGGAUUGGGCUCGCAAAAGCCAGUUGCUCGAGGAAGUUUCGAAGGAGAUGCCGAUCCAUGCGCUGAGCUGCAAGGUGACACCCGUUGAGGCUCUUCGCGACGAAGUAACAUCUUGGAAAGCCGAUGCAGCCUAUCACAAUGAGUUCGCGGCCUUGAUGAGCAAGCUCAGCGAGAAGUUCAAAGGUGAUCCUCUCAUCGUCAAGGACAUGAAAGACAGAGCGAGUUCGAAGCUGCGGGCCGUGCGUCAUCUGACACCGAUCCAAAAGGCGAACGUGGAUGUGAUUGAAAUGAUGGCGACUCGAUCGGCCGAGGAGGCCCGAAAGGCUGACAGCUCCUUCGUGCCGUACAUCCUCGCGGACAUUUCUCAGAAGGCAAGCUUCGGUGGCAUCACGCUCAACAAGACGUGGACGACGCUCACUACGUCCACACGUCUGCUCGACUUCCAGCAAGGCGAGAUCCUGCCAGCAACGAGCCACCUGGAGAUGCUAGGGUGGAACAAGUCUUGGCGGCAGAGCAGCAAUUUGCAGUACUGGUCGCAGUCAGAGAUUUAUGAUCUCACGGGCAACUCUAUGUCGCUGGCCGCCGUGACGAAGGUUCUUCUUCCGCUCAUGAAGCAUGUCACAGCAGAGGGCAGGCGCUCGUUGCAAGCUUAA